UUAGAUAUCAUUGCUAAGGAUCCUUAACUCGUCCGUCCACGAUGGUUAUUCCAAUUUCACUAGUUUUUCUUGUAUUUGCUGUUGCAAUUGCAUCAGUAGAUUGCAACUUUGAAGGGGAUGCUCUUUAUGCCUGGAAAACCAAAUUGGUAGACCCUAACGGUGUCCUUCAGAGCUGGGAUCCAAAUUUGGUGAAUCCAUGCACCUGGUAUCACGUUACUUGCAACGGUGAUAAUAGCGUCACAAGGGUGGACCUCGGCAAUGCUGGACUUUCGGGAAUUCUUGUCCCUCAGCUUGGGGCCUUGUCUAAUCUUCAAUAUUUGGAGGUGUAUGGAAAUAACAUAAGUGGAGUUAUACAAACGGUUAUUGGUAACCUAACGACCCUGAUUAGCUUGGACCUUUACCAGAAUCAUCUUUCUGGGAUCAUCCCAUCAUCUCUUGGAAACUUGGUUUCCUUAAGGUUUUUGAGAUUGAACAGUAACAAGCUUAGUGGCGUAAUACCAGCAGAGCUCCUUCAACUUGUUAGAUUGGGGCAUUUGAUGAUUUUGAAUGUUUCAGACAACCAGCUGGUAGGGAGUGUCCACCGCACAAACACAAGAAAAUUUGCAGUUACUACAAUAAUACAAGAUCCAAGAGCUCAGAAGUAAAUGACCAUGGGGCCAACAUAACACCAGUAAGCUACCAUACAGCUUUGGAAUAAAUUUGUAAUUUUUGAAGCCCAUUGUUGGUGGCAAUAAACCUCUCUACACAUAUGCUUUGCAUUUAGAGGCCAUUAUUUAUGCCAGUAAACCUACAUACUGGU